UAUAAUAGCUUUACAAACUAGUCGCUACCCCCUCUCUCUCUCUCUCGUUACGCGCGUACCCAAAUUAAUUGGUUUUGGAUCGGUUAAGAUUGGAUUCCAUAUGAUAUUGAUAUGAUGCAAGGCCCCAGCCUCAGCCUCAGCCUCAGCCUCAGCCGCAGCUGGGAGAUGGCGACCAUGGCCGCCGCCGCCGAGUCGGUGGAGCGCCUCCUGGCUGAAAAUCCGGUCGUCAUUUUCAGCAGUUCGUCUUCGUCGUGCAGCUGCAUGUGCCACGUGAUGAAGCACCUCCUCUCCACCCUGGGCGUCCACCACCCGGCAGUCAUCCAACUGGACAUCGCCCCUCCUCCCGGCGCGUCGGCGGCAUCACCCGCGCUCUACAUCGGCGGCGCCUUCGUCGGCGGGCUCGACACCCUCGUCGCGUUGCACCUGAGUAAUAAUCUCGUCCCCAAGCUCGUCCGAGUCGGCGCCCUACCUACCUCACCCCUUAAUUAAUUAAUUACUUAAUCAAUAAAUUAAUUAUCGCUAUCCCCAUCCAUCCAGACAUCCUAAUUAAUAAAUACUACUUUAUCUCUCUCUCUCUGUAUAUAUAUAUGUGUGUGCAUGUAUACAUCUUGUCUUUCAUUUUGAUGUUUUAAUUGUAGUUAAUUAAUUAUCCAGUGUCUUAAUUAUUUUACAUUUAAAUGCAAGUCUCGUAAGUUUGUGAAAUUUGUUCAGUGCCUGUUUAGACUACAUACAUAUGAUGAG